AUGGCAUUCAGUGGAACAAUACAGAAAUGUAAAGCAUGUGAUAAGACUGUUCAUUUUGUUGAAAUGGUUUCUGCAGACGGAAUCCCUUAUCACAAGACAUGCUUUAAAUGCACCCACUGCAAUGGAAAACUUGUGAUGAGUAGCUACUUUCAAUUGGAUGGAUCUCUCUAUUGCAAGCCUCACUUUGAUCAAAAGUUCAAGGAGAUGGGAGGCAUCUCAAGAAUACCAUCUGCAAACAAAGCAAGUGAAAUGGGAAGGAACCCUAGCAAAUUGUCUUCCAUGUUCUCUGGGACUCAAGAUAAAUGUGCAGUUUGUCAUAAAACGGUCUAUCCAUUGGAAAAGGUGACUGUGGAGGGAGACUUUUACCACAAACAAUGUUUCAAAUGUGCACAAGGAGGUUGCAAACUGACUCCGUCUAAUUACGCUGCUCUGGACGGAAAUUUGUUCUGUAGGCCACACUUUUCUCAGCUAUUUAAAGAGAAGGGUAAUUAUGCUCACCUCAAGAAAGCAGCCUCAAUGAAGAAAAACGAAUCUACGGAGAAAUUAGCAGACCAGGUGACAUCCGAAGAAGGAGCACCAGAAGCGUCUGAAUAA